UUGAGAAGGAAUACGACUACGAAAUGGAUCACAAGCGGAUAUUAUUCUUGUUCAGCAUUGCUGUAUUGCUCUUAUGUAAUUUUGUAAGAGCUGAGGAAGCGGAAGUGGAAGUAGUAAAAGACGAACCUGGAGCCGUACAACUGUUGGAGGCAGGAGAAACUGCCCAAGCGGAUUCUGCAGAUGAGAAUGUCAGGAAAGUGCGUCAGUACUUCGGACCACCACCAUUCGGACCUCCACCACCACCGUUCUUUGGCCCACCACCACCACCACCUUACUAUGGCGGUGGCUUUGGCGGCGGUUUCGGCGGUGGCUUCCAAAGAACUCGCGUGGUCACCCGCACUCGUUACCGUGGACGUGGUGGCUACUACGGCGGCGGCUUCUAUGGUUAACCAAUCCCACUUGGAUGUGAAUAUGCAGACUUUGUGAUACUUCUUUUGUACUGCCCCAUUCGGGUGCAAUAAAAUUAUUUACGUUA